GGCCCUACUCUCCUCCCUGCCUGCUGCUGACUCUGCUGCUGGGCCUCACAGGAGGGGCAGGUGAGGAGCUGCAGGUGAUUCAGCCUGAGAAGUCAGUGUCAGUGGCAGCUGGAGAGACAGCCACUCUGAGCUGCACCAUGACCUCCAUUUCCCCUGUGGGGCCCACAGUGUGGUUCAGGGGGACAGGGCCAGGCCGGGAGUUAAUCUACAGUCUCAAAGGAGGCCACUUCCCCUGAGUAACAAGUGCUGCAGACACCAUGAGGAGAAACAACACGGACUUUUCCAUCCAUAUCAGCAACAUCACCCCAGCAGACACAGGCACCUACUACUGUGUGAAGUUCCGCAAAGCAGAUCCUGACACGGAGCUCAAGUCUGGAGCAGGCACUCGGCUCACCGUGAGUGCCCAACCCUCUCCCCCCACGGUGUCAGCCCCCACCGGGAGGGCCACACCUGGGCAGAGAGUGAGCUUCACCUGCGAGUCCCAUGGCUUCUCCCCCAGGAACAUCGUCCUGAGAUGGUUCAAAGAUGGGAAUGAGCUCCCAGCCUCCCAGCCCACUGUGGACCCAGAGGGAGACAGCCCUUCCUACAACAUCUCCAGCAUAGCCAGGGUGCGGCUGGCCCGGGGGGAUGUCCACUCCCAGGUCAUCUGCCAGGUGGACCAUGUCACCCUAAAGGGGGGCCCCCCUCUUCGUGGGACUGCCAACCUGUGUGAGACCAUCCGAGUUCCGCCCACCUUGGAGGUUUCCCACCACACCGUGCCAGAGAACCAGACUAACGUCACCUGCCAGGUGAAGAACUUCUACCCCCAGAGCCUACAGCUGACCUGGUUGAAGAACGGACACAUGUCCCGAACAGAAACGCCCUCAACCCGCACAGAGAACAAGGAUGGGACCUUCACCCGGGGGAGCUGGAUCUUGGUGAACUCAUCUGCCCUCAGGGAGGACAUGGUGCUCACCUGUCUGGUGCAGCACGAUGGGCAGCCAGCCGUCAGCGAGAACCUCACCCUUGCGGCUCACCAGAAGGGCCUGAUUCCAGAUGGAUCCCCUGACAGCACUCCCAACCUGAACAAUAUCUUCAUCGCGGUGGGCGUGGUGUGUGCCUUGCUGGUGGCCCUGCUGAUCGCUGCCCUCUACCUCCUGCGAAUCCGACAGAAGAAAGAUCCAGUGCUAUCCACUCAAUUCUUCAUAGCUGGCCUCCUAGGCAUCAAGGCGCUGCUGGAGAUUUGUGUCAUUUCCAUCUAUGCCCACAUAAACUGGAGAGCCUGACUGAGAUAACAGCAGGCCUCCUCACAGAGCCUCAGGAUGCACCAGGCUGAACCAAGUCAGGCUGGUCCCAGAAACACAGCAGGUGCAGAAAGCCAGCAAAUGGACUCCAACUAACACUGAAGAGGGGUCAAAACCCAAAUUCACCCCAAGCUGAAAACUUUGUGUGCAGGCCUGAUCCUCACAGACAAUACUCAAAGCGAGGAAGGUCCAGCAAUUUACCUUGGCCAGGCCCCUAGGUCUCACCCAGUCAGACCCUGCCCACUAGGAAUUCCUUAUACAUUCUCUCAUCUUCCCCAUUCCUUACCUUAGAUAACUUUGUUCCAAGAUGGUCCAAUCAGUACUCUUGAUGAAAACGAACAAAUAUGCAUAGUUUUUUUUACCAUUAUAAUUUAA